UCCCCCGCCAGGACGCGGAGCGCCGGGUCUCGGGAAGAGAAGAAGAAGGACGGAAAGGCCAAAAAGAAGAGGAAGGCGAGUACGUCUUCUUCUGGGACAACAUCUUCCUCCUCCAGCUCCUCCUCGUCUUCGACGUCCUCCAGCUCCUCUUCUGACGACUCCAGCGACAGUGACGUCAAACCAAAGAAGAAGCGACACAGCAAAAAGAAGCAAGUGAAACAGAAAGACAAAAAGAGGAAGAAGAAAAGGAGAAAAAAGAAAGUGAAGAAGAAAUCGAAGGAGGGGGCUAAGGAAGAGCGAGCCACGGGGGAAGCGGUGCCCGGCCCCUCACUGGAGCAGUGGCAGAAGGAGGCGCUGGUGGACUCUGGGCCAGUUUUGACAGACGAGCAAAAAUCCCGAAUCCAGGCUAUGAAGCCAAUGACGAAGGAAGAAUGGGACGCGAGGCAGAGUGUCAUCAGGCGAGUCGUGGAUCCCGAAACGGGCAGAACCAGUUGCUACAGCUGA